AAAGACUGAGGACUGAGUAAGGUCCCGAUCCAGGAGUCAAACCCAUGCAGACAGACCCCUACACCUGCACAGAGUUCCACUGAAGAAUCACCACCAAGCUGGAACAAACAAGUAAAAGCAGUGACUCAAGUGCCCACAUGAUCACCACCGCCAGGGUACCUGCUGAUAAGCCAGUGCGAAUUGCCUUCAGCCUGAAUGAAUCCCCAGAUGAUGCUUCCUCUGAAAACUUCCCUUUGGCAUUUCCAGAACUAGAUCAGCAGCUGCAGCCGCUGCCUCCUUGUCAUGACUCUAAGGAAUCUAUGCAGGUGUACAAACAGCACUGCAAAAUAGCAGAAGAGUACCAUGAGGUCAAGAAAGAAAUUGCUCUGCUGGAAGAAAGAAAAAAGGAGCUGAUUGCCAGGCUGGAACAAGUGGAAAAAGAAAGCAUGGAUGCUGCUCAGCUGGCUAAGGAGUACGCAGAACUGACAGAGGAGAACCGAACACUGAAGCUGGCCCAGACGCAGUGUGUAGAGCAACUGGAAAAGCUCAGAAUACAGUACCAAAAAAGACAGGGGUCCUCAUAACUCUCAACUAGCUUAUGUGAGGCAGUUAAUACAGGAUUGGUCCUGUGCUGGAAAGAGAUUUUAAAAUAAAGGUCUGUUUAAUAUGUUAUAAUACUUUACUACAGAUACAGAAUAUGUAGAAGUCUAUAUUUGAUUUAAUGCUUGCCAGCCAGUAGCUUAA